AAGACUAGACAUAUACUUCCACACAUUACACUCAACCCACCUCUCAACCCACCUUAACCUUACGAAAAUGGCUACUUCAGAGAUCGUCAACUUUAACGACCCGCACCCACCUACGAUCAAAGGCAUUGAAGCCUUCAAGCACGUAGAGAAGGAUAUCAAGACCGGUAUCAUCAAGUCCCGUCACCACUGGGACAAACAUGAACCCAAGAUGUGGUCUCGCGCUGAUGGGUUGAGCGACCAUGACCUUGUCCAUUUCGACUUGGAGAAGGAUUUGGUGGAAAUCCGAAGUGCUCCUGUCAGUUAUGGCACGAUCAUCUUAGGGAAGCUUCGUCUUCCUGCGGUUAAUGAUGAAGAAGGCGAGGGAUUCGUACAUGUCAGGGUUCAUGACCCUCCUAACAGAGGUACCGAAGACGUGACAUUCCACUCCCUCUUCACCAACGAAGGUGACCAUGAUGCCGAUGGCCAUCCUCACAGCUGGAAGGCCGUCCAGACUCGAGACACCCCUCUCGAAUUCUUCAACGAGUAAACAUCUGCAAGGCCGUCAAGCAUCAAGGCCCAAUUUGACAUUGUAGUGAAGGCUUGCUGUGUUAUCAUGAACGGGACAGACUGACAGACGGGACAUUGUAACUUGAACAAUCGGACGGAGUAUGCAUAUAUGCGCAGUAACCUAUACCUUGUAUGAUAAUCAAUGCCAUUACGUGACGAUUUGGAUACCCAGUGUCGAUGUCAAAAACGAUCUCGUUGGCCGAUGUCGAGCUCACACAU